CUCCCUUCUCCAAAUCGCGGCGGUGCGGAGUCGCCCGGGCUGCCCGGCCCCCUGAGCGGCCAGCGCCGGGAGAGGCACGGAGCCGGGGCUGCCCAGGGAGAUGUCACUGCAGGAUGGGGACCCGAGGGGACGGCAGGUCAGCGGGGAGGUCAGCGGUAUCCCCCGGCUCGGGGGGAUGGAGGACUCCCCGCUCCGGGGCACGACAGCAGCUGGUGGCAGCAGGACAGACGUGAUGGCAGAGGGCUGGGAGCCGGGGCCAGCACUGGGUGACGGGGACGUGACCCCCGAGGGAGCCCCACAGCGAGCACGGCAGCCCGAGGAAGCCCUGAUGACCGAGCUCUCGGAGCUGGUGCAGAAGGUGGUGAAGAGCAGCAGCUGGUGGGAACGGCACGGCGUGGACAUCAGCAUCCUUGCCUGCAGCCUCCUCCUGCUGCCAGCAGGGUUCCUGUGCCUGCGGUCGGCCCAGGCCAUCCCUUUCCUGGCGGGUGUCCUCACCCUCGGGGUGGUGCAUCACACCCUGACCGUCAAGGGCAGUCACCUGGCCAGCCACAAUGCCUUGACCGAGUCCAAGUCCUGGGGCAAAGUGUGGGCUGUGUUCUUCAUUGAGCUCUGCUCAGCUUUCACAGUCGAGCAGGCCACCUACAACCAUGUGAAGAUCCACCACGGCUACACCAAUGUCAUCGGCCUGGGGGACUCCAGCACGUGGAAACUUCCUUUCCUCAACCGCUACGUUUACAUGUUCAUCGCGCCUCUUGCAGUGCCCAUCCUAACCCCUCUGGUUGCACUUGAUUUAUUGAGAAACGUGGAGUGGAAAGCAGCUCUCCGGACCCUCUGCUGCAUGUUUCUGGGCUUUUACUGCCAUUACUGGCUCCUGCUCCACGUCUCGGGCUUCCAGUCGCCGUGGUCCGCCCUGCUCUGCAUGCUGCUCACCCGCUCCCUCCUGGCCCAUCCCUACAUCCAUGUCAACAUAUUCCAGCACAUCGGCCUCCCCAUGUUCGCGGCCGAUCGCAAACCCAAGCGGAUCCACCUCAUGAGCCUGGGUGUCCUCAACCUGCCCCGCAACGCCCUCCUUGACUGGUCCUUCGGCCACUCGCUCAUCAGCUGCCAUGUGGAGCAUCACCUCUUCCCCAGCCUCUCUGACAACAUGUGCCUGAAGAUCAAACCCAUCGUUUCACAGUAUCUGAAGCAGAAGAAGCUACCCUACAAUGAGGACACCUACAGCUCCAGGCUCUGGCUCUUCCUCCAGAGAUAUGAGGAGCUGAUGGUCCAUGCUCCCCCCAUAACGGAGCUGGUGGGCAUCCAGUGAGGACCAUGGGGGCCACAGCACUUGGGGGGGCUGUUUCUCACAGGGACAUUCAGAGGGAUGGUUUUAGCAGGACCAACACCUUCAUGAAGUCGUGGUGUAGGAAACAUCCCUCCCUGAAGUCUUGCUUUUGGCUAGAAAAUGGUGCACAGAGCCACUGCAGGGGGAGAGACAGGUGGGGCAGCACCAGGGACAGAAAAAUUGGGGUCCCACCGCAGUUAUUCCCAGCCAGGGCUUAGUUUUAUCCACUCUGCUUUCACACUUGGGGAGAGGAAAUCCCCCCCAUCCAUGGGGGAUGCAGCACCAUGUCCAGGACAUCCAGAACUGAGAAGCACCAGGAUGCGUAGGAUGGAGCUGCAGCUGUGUGGUUGGGGUCUGAGGGAAGGGGUGGAUGGUGGGGAGGGGGUUGUGUCACUGCUACUUGUGCUUUGCCUGACUUUGGGCUAAAUCAGUCCCUUCUAGGAACAAAGAUUUGGCAAAUUCAGCCUUAACACUUUGGGGUGGAUUUCCUUUAUCACUGGCUUUCAUUGCUGGAGGAAGAUUUACUGGUAUCCUGUGGUGCCCGGGGCAGGACUGGGGGAAAUACCCCCAUUCCAUGGGGGGUGUCUGUGUUGGGGUGUCAGAGGUGACCCCACACCUGUUUAUUGCCAUGGCAAGAGUUUACCAAGGGAAUCACCUGCCAGAGGCAGGCAGGAGUACAGGGCUUGGGACACCUUCCCUGUUUAGGGAGGGUGAGCUCUGCCCCCUGUGCUGCUGCCAGGGCUGGGGUGCUCAUGUGGCCAGUUCAAGCCCCCUCUGGGGAGCUGUGUCUGGCUUUACCAGGGUGCUCUGCUGUCCUACACCUGCAAGAACAACCACAGAGUCCACCCCAGUGUCACGGUGGGGAGCUGGCAGCAGAAAGGGCAGAUGGCCAAACUGAGACCAGCAUGGUUUUGCUUUGAGCCUGGGGUUUUGCUCCCUGAUUUGAGUUGUUCUCCCAUCUGAGCUGGACCCCUGCAGUGCCACGUUGUGGAUUUGUAAAGCUUCACAGGUAAAUGUGUCCCAAGGCACAGGGAUGCUCUGCCCGGGUCCUGGCCUGUGGCAAGGUGAUUGUUGUAGCAGGCAGUUCAUGGUGUUUUACUCUGCUUCUCCUCCACCAAGUCCAGGAGCAUCCUCAGAUGCACUGGGGAAGUGUCCCUGUGAUGUGAGGCUGGAACUGGGGUGGCCAUGGCAUCCCUGUGCAGGUGAUCCAGACUCAGGGAAAGGAGGAGUGGCCCUGGAUCCAUCCAGCAUGACCCCUUUGGCAUCAGAAAUGUUGAACUAUCGAUUUAUCCUGGGCUGGGGCCCAGGGGCUGCUGAUGCACUGAUUUGGGGGCAUUGUCACCUCUAUCCAGGCCUAUGUGGGUCAUUGAUCCAGGACAUUAUGAAACACCCAGAGGGCAAAUUCCUAUCCUUUGGGCAGGGGUUAGGCUGGGUCUGGGGCAGCUGGAGGGGUAUGGCCAGGGCAAAUGGCCUGAAUGCUCUAGGGGGCCAAAGACCCUCCCCAGACUGCCCCUCCCCCAAUUAAUUUCUCAACUGAGUAUCAGAGAUAAAUUAAAGUAAAUGUGACAAAUUAUUGGCAUUCCCAGCUCCAGUGAGGGGGUGAGGGAGCAUUAGAGGUGCUUUUGAUUCAGGCAGGGUAAUCUUAACCUUAUAUGUUCCUGGUUGUGGGCACAAAAUGCUCUUUUGCCCUCUCCUGCUGCAAAGAAAUCAGCCCCAAAAUGUUCCCAAGCACUGGUCAGAGCAACAGCUCUUUUCCUAGCUGGAUUUUAUGGAUGUUGUUUAAGGCAAUGCCAUCUGAAGGCAAGUGUUUGCAGGUCCCUCAGCCAGCAGGAGACAGCCUGUGAUUUGGGAGAUAGGUGGAUUAUUCCCUGCCAGAGCUGGUGGAUACAGAAGUUAACGGGGGAAAGGGAGAAUUCUGGGAAAAAAGGAGGAUUCUGACUCCUGUGCUUAGAACCCUCCAAAUAUAAACCAGCUGCUUCUUUGGAUGACCUCUAUGGCAGUAUUUGGAGCCUUCAGCCUUGCCUCUCUGGCAAGGGGCUCAAUGAUUGCUGUGCUGACCUGAGGCUGAGGGUUUGGAACCAGCAGAAUUCCUGGUCCUUGCCACAACCCCCCCGAAGGAGUGGAUGCAGAAGGAGGCACAGAGCCAGCUGUCAUUCUCAGUGUGCCUUUGCAGAAAGCCAUCAACUCAUUUCCAAGACCAGGAGAGAAAGCGUGUGGGUUUUAUGAUCUGUAUUACAACCAGCUUCUGGCUGUAAACUCCUCAUGGUUUUAAUUGCAUUUUAAAAGCCCCAUCAAGCACUCGCCUGCAUGCUCUGGCAUCUGGCCAGCUUUUAAAUGUCUGCUAGGCCCUAUGAGAUGAUUUUUCUGGUUCGUGUGUUGUGCAGGGUCUAAACCAAGAUGGGAUGUGGUGCUCCUGUAUGGGAGAUGUGAGCACCAGCAUCUGGAAUGCUUUGAGGGAUAUGGAUGAAGGAGGGAAUAAAGCAGAGACCAUGGAGACACCGGU